GAAACAUCAGAAGCUUCUCUCAUAGAUUGACAUAAGAAGCAGAAGUCUCCACCAAUAAUAACAUUCUUUCUCUCAAAUCUUUAAAGUCUUUAAAACCUUCGAGUCUUGAGAGUUAUUCCUUUUGGUUGGUUCAAAGAAAGAUGUUGUGUAGAAUGGUGAUGGUGAACGGCCGCAAAAAGAAAGCCGGUUUGGUUCCGGUUUACCUGAAUGUAUACGAUCUCACACCCAUCAAUGGCUACGCUUACUGGUUAGGACUCGGUGUCUACCACUCUGGUGUUGAAGUUCAUGGGGUUGAGUAUGGUUUUGGAGCAAACGAGCAUUCAACAACGGGGAUCUUCGAGGUGGAACCUAAGCAAUGUCCAGGUUUCACAUUCAGGAAGUCUAUUUUGAUAGGGAAAACAGAUUUGGAUCCUGAACAAGUUUGUGCCUUUAUGGAGAAACUUGCUGAAGGGUAUAGCGGAAACACUUACCAUCUCAUUACAAAGAAUUGUAAUCACUUCUGUAAUGACGUUUGUGUUCAGCUGACCAGAAGAUCUAUCCCUAGUUGGGUUAACCGUCUUGCUCGCUUUGGUUUGUUCUGCAACUGUGUUUUGCCGGCAGAGCUGAAUGAGACAAAGGUGAGGCAGGUUAGAUCAAAGGAGGAGAAGAUUUCAGAAGUGAAGAAACUUAGGAGCAGUUCAAGUAGGUUUCCACCUAGCUCUUCUCUUUCUUCAACAGGUUCUAUAAACCGAAGAAGAAAAAGAAGAGGUGAAAGGAGAAGACAGUUUCUUCCUCCAACACCACCUGUGAUUGCUUAGCUCUAGUCCUAAUAAUGAUCCCAAGAAGUUGUGUUUAUGUGAACAAUCAUUUUCUUGAUGAUAAUGGUAUACAAUC